GCGGAUCCUCGACCUUCCAACUCGACCUUCCAAUCUGAUGGCUGAGGUCCGCCUCAUCCUCUCUCCCCUCUCAUCGCGCAAGCUCCGCUGCGACCUCGAGCUCAUCGAUGAGGGAGGACAGCGCCAUCCGCCGGCGCAAGGCGUCCUGUCUUCGUUCGAGGCCGCCCGCCACGCCUGCUCCGCUGCGACUCCUGGCGGCGCUUUGGUGGUGGACGGCGUCGUCGCACGGCGGCGCCACAUGGGCGGCCACUCCUUUGUGGACCUCGUGUCGGGCGGCGCUGCCGAGGGGCCGUCGCUGCAGGUCGUCGUCAACGCGGCCGAUCUCGACGGCAGCAGCCUGCGCGGGCUGUCGCUCUCGCUGCUGCUCCGCCGGCACUCGCGCCUCCGGGUGGCUGGCACGCCCGGCCGCACGCGCAGCGGCGAGCCGUCGCUGUUUGCCCGCUCGCUCCGCCUGCUCCGCCUGCCCGCCGACCCGGCCUGCGUGCUCAAGGCGGCGAGGCUGGUUGCGACAUGCGCCGACCUGCCGGCCGAGGCGGCUGCGGAGGCGCUCGGCUGCGUCGAGGAGGAGCUGUACGAGAUUGUGCACGAGCUCGAGGCUGCGGACGGCGGCGCCGAGCUGCUCGGCCCUUCAGAGGCUCCGGCGGCGGCGCAGCGGCUGGCGCGCGCUCUGAGCGCGAGGCUGCGGAGGCAGGGCGCGAGAGAGGCCGGGCCGGGCUUGCGCGGGCGGAGGAGGGAGCGGCCUCCGCGCUUCUCGGCGGCGGAGCUGGCCCUGCUGCGCCGGCUCUCUGCGGCGCACUCGGAGUGGCAUCCCAUCUUCUCGGACCAGCUGGCGCCAUUGGCCGAGGUCGGCGCGGCGCUGAGU